AUUUCCACCGCAUACAAAACGUCACCCGCAAAAGAUCGCCAGCGAAAAAUUACGAAAACAAACGGUGAAAAGUGCAAAAGUCACGCGAGUAAUACGCAAAAGUUCUACAAAUCCGCCACAAAACUAUGAAAUUUUAACAAAACCAUUAUAUAAACUAAACGAUGGCUGUUUCAUUCUGCGGAAAACGUCUGCUACUAACUCGCUCCAAUCUGCUCGCAAACCAGAAGCGCCACGGUUACAUCGUACUGGUACCGGAAAUCGGCGAAGAUCUACCUGAGCGGAAUCCUCUGGCCAGAUCGGAAAGCGGUCUGCCCGAGUUUAACAAUGUGACGAUCGAAAAGUGCAUCGGAACGAUUGGACAACAGGCGGCCGGUGUGGAACGUUCAGUAAAGGCCAUAGAGGAGAAGAUUGCAGCUGUUGCUGCCAGCGGAGAUCAGCUGGAUGUGAAAAAAGAUAUAUUUCUCCCGUUGGAGAUGGUAGGAGUUCCGCUGGAAACGACCUGGGGAGUGGCCAAAACGUUAUAUUUGGGAAACAGCUCCAAGAUGCCGACGAAAAGCUACAUGACGAUACACAAGCGGGCGCGAGCCGCUCGAACUUCCAAGUUUAGCAGUUUACCGAUCUACAAUGCUUUGAAGGGAGUAGAAACUGGUGGCGAUAAGCAAAAAUUUACGAUGGAAGAGAAACGAUUGAUAAAUAAAUAUCUGCUGGAAUCGAAACUAAGUGGAAUUGACGUAGACGAAUCAUCUAAGGCGCAGUUAAUAGCUAUUAUGCAGAAACUUGCUCAGGAGCGCUCCAAAUUUCACGGAAAACAAGAAGUGGCCGUUAAAAAGUUUUCCCACGUUAUUAAAGAUCCUGCCCUGAUGCAGGAGUUUCCCCCUUCACUUCUUCAGGCACUGGCGGUAGAUCAAUCGCAGGUAGUCAAAGGUCCCUGGAAAAUUACUCUGCAGCCAUUUGUGGUGCAAAAUUUCCUGGAAUACUGUCCGGAUCGGACGCAACGGUGGAACGUCUGGCAGGCGGAUACCCGGAAAUGUUCAACCUAUACCGACAAGGAGCUGGAGAACAGUAAUCAUCUGGAGGAGAUACGUUCGCUGAGGAAACGUCAUGCCAAGUUGAUUGGAUUCGAAAGUUUUGCGCACAUGUCGAUGCAAACGAAAAUGGUCGGUUCGGUCGAGCAGUUGCAGGGCACCUUGGACGAGUUGCAUCAAUAUGCGCGGCCGGCUCUGGAUAGUGAAAUGGAAUCCCUUGGACAAUUUGCCGGAGAUAACGGUUACAAAGGGGUUCUGGAUGUUUAUGAUGUCCCUUACUGGAAGAGGAGACAGUUGAGCGAACUGCAUCAGUACGACAAAGAAGCACUGAGAGAGUAUUUCGCAAUGCCGAAAGUAUUGAGCGGGUUGUUUUUACUAGCGGAAGCGCUAUUCGGCAUUAAAAUUGUGGAACGAACGGGAUUAGAUACUUGGCAUGAGGACGUAAGAUUUUAUGACAUCUUUGAUUCUAACAAAGGCAGCGAACCGAUCGCAGGAUUCUACAUGGAUUUAUACUCACGGGACGAUGAGAAAAUAUCGGUUACAGGCAAUUCCGGGUGGAUGGUCGGAAUCGUUAACAAGAGCAUCGCUGCAGGCGAGAAACCGCUGGCGGCUUUGAUUUGCAAUUUUCCUGCGCCGUUAUACGGCAAACCAUCCCUGCUUACCCUGGAUGAUGUCCAGAUACUAUUUCACAAGUUUGGUCACGCUCUCCAACACAUGCUCACAGAAACGCAUUACAGCGACGUGGCCGGACUAUCCAACGUCGAAUGGGAUGCGGUUGAAGUUUCUGGUUUUGUUCUGACAUGCCUGCUACAGGAUCCAGACGUACUUCGUUCGAUCAGUAGCCACUAUGGAACUGGGGAAACCCUGCCGGAUGCUUUCAUUCAAGCGAUCCAGAAACGUCACACACACCUCGCUGGUUACGAGCUCUGUCGGGAGCUUUAUUUCGCAAAUCUGGACUUGGAGCUGCAUUUACGGUCCGACUAUUGGCUGGACAUAGUUAAGCAACUUUAUCCCCAGUUCCACAGUUUUCCGUUGGACAGCAAGGAUGCUCAUCCGUGCUCGAUGACCACCAUUUUCUCGGGUGAUUGGGGUGCAGCUUAUUACAGUCGCCUCUGGUCACGGAUGUUAGCGGCCGAUGUGUACAGCGCAUUCGUCAAGGCAAAGGGUAAGGGACAACAGGCCGAGGUCGGUCGAAGAUUUCGGGAUACGUUUCUAGCCCUUGGCGGGGCCUGUCACCCGUCGGAAGUUUUUCGACAAUUUCGCGGAAGAGAUCCUUCCCCGAUAGCCCUACUGCAGGCACUUGGCAUAUACAAAAAUGUGCACGGCACAGCGCCAGGCACGAGUACUGCAAAACCGAAAGAAGAACAAUAGUCUAUUGUAUUUAUUGUUUGAUUUGCUGUUAAUAAAAUCAAGUAAACAUUA